ACGAGGAGCAAGGAAGGCACAAUGUUUAGCAUCUGCUUAUAUUUAUAAAGAACAAAGGCCUUUUCCGAGGUCAAAUGCUCUUAAUAAUAUUUCAUAUAGUUGAUAUUAAAGACUAACUACACGAUAAACACGAAAAAUGUUCCCUGGAUUGGGGCCAACACAACAACCGGGUCAACCUGGUCCCCUCCCUGUUGGAGUCGGAGCCAUGGGACCACCAGGCUUCUCUUCUGGCGCACCACCUGGACCCAACAGAUUCGGAGCCCCACCACCGUCAAUAACGUCAUUACCACCAACCACACUCACUGGGAAUCUACCGCCACCAGGUCCGAUCAGUCAGAUUGUUGCUCCCCCACCUGGGCCCGUUGCCUGCGAUUUCCAAUGCCCAGGCCGCCCGAACCAUGGCACCGAGGGCCGACCUAUCAUGCUGCGUGCCAACCAUUUUCAAGUUCGAAUGCCCAAAGGUUUUAUCCAUCACUAUGACGUGUCAAUUACACCAGACAAAUGUCCACGAAGAGUCAACAGAGAGAUUGUUGAAACAAUGGUACAAGCAUACAGCCAGCGGAUAUUCAACGGCCAGAAACCGGUCUUUGAUGGACGGAACAAUCUCUACAGCCGUGACCCUCUGCCUAAUAUUGGACGAGACAAGGUUGAGCUAGAAGUGACACUGCCCGGUGAGGGCAAGGACCGUGUGUUCAUGGUCGCUAUCAGGUGGACUGCUCAGGUCAAUCUAUACGCUCUCGAGGAGGCUCUCGAUGGGAAACUUCAAGAGAUACCAAACGAUGCCAUACUAGCCCUCGAUGUGGUCAUGAGGCAUUUACCAAGCAUGAAAUACACCCCAGUAGGACGGUCAUUUUUCUCGCCGCCCGAAGGCUACGACCACCCACUCGGUGGGGGACGAGAGGUCUGGUUUGGCUUCCAUCAAAGUGUACGACCGUCACAUUGGAAAAUGAUGCUAAAUAUAGAUGUAUCUGCCACUGCGUUUUAUAAAGCGCAGCCUGUGAUUGAGUUCAUGUGUGAGGUCCUCGACAUCCGUGAUGUCAAUGAACAACGCCGACCGCUCGUUGAUUCACAGAGAGUCAAAUUCACCAAGGAAAUAAAAGGUCUCAAGGUUGAAAUCACCCACUGCGGUACGAUGAAAAGAAAAUACAGAGUAUGCAACGUUACUCGCAGACCAGCCCACACUCAGUCCUUCCCGCUGCAGCUCGAUUCAGGCCAGACAGUUGAAUGUACCGUCGGAAAAUACUUUGCCGAGAAAUACAAAAUGAAACUACAGUAUCCACACCUUCCAUGCCUACAAGUCGGCCAAGAACAGAAACACACCUACCUACCACUUGAGGUCUGCAAUAUCGUCGCGGGUCAGCGCUGCAUCAAGAAGCUGACUGACAUGCAGACGUCAACGAUGAUAAAAGCCACGGCAAGAUCUGCUCCUGAUCGCGAGAAAGAAAUCAACAACUUGGUUCACAAAGCAGACUUCAACAACGAUCGCUACCUGCAAAUGUUCGGUAUCAGCGUCUCAAAUCAGCUGACCGAAGUUCAAGGUCGCGUCCUGGUGCCACCAAAGUUGCAGUAUGGCGGCCGGCAGCAAAAAGCCCAGGCAGUACCAACCCAAGGAGUGUGGGACAUGCGAGGCAAGCAGUUCUACACUGGCAUCGAGAUCAGAGUCUGGGCCAUAGCGUGUUUUGCCCCGCAGAGGACAGUCAGGGAGGAUUCAUUGAGAAACUUCACACAACAGCUGCAAAGAAUUUCAAACGACGCGGGGAUGCCUAUCGUUGGUCAGCCAUGUUUCUGUAAAUACGCGACCGGCCAUGACCAGGUGGAGCCCAUGUUCCGUUUCCUCAAGAAUACCUACCAAGGUUUACAACUCAUUGUUGUGGUGCUGCCUGGAAAAACACCUGUUUAUGCUGAAGUGAAGCGCGUCGGAGACAUCCUGAUCGGUAUGGCCACUCAGUGCGUUCAGGCCAAAAACGUCAACAAAACCUCGCCACAAACACUGUCCAAUCUCUGCCUUAAGAUCAACGUCAAGCUUGGAGGAAUCAACAAUAUCUUACUGCCAAGUAUAAGGCCAGCAGUGUUCAACGAACCCAUCAUCUUUCUGGGCGCUGACGUCACCCACCCACCAGCCGGAGACACCAGCAAACCAUCGAUCGCAGCUGUCGUUGGGAGCAUGGACGCCCAUCCCAGUCGUUACUCGGCAACGGUCCGUAUCCAGCAGCAUCGCCAGGAGAUCAUCCAGGAUCUGUCGACGAUGGUCAAAGAGCUCCUCAUACAGUUCUACAAGUCCACGCGAUUCAAACCAGCCAGGAUCAUCUUCUACAGGGAUGGAGUCAGCGAGGGGAAAUUCCCUGAGGUACUACAGCAUGAGUUGCGAGCUGUUCGUGAGGCGUGUGUGUUGCUCGAGGUUGGCUACCAACCUGGGAUCACGUUUGUUGCAGUACAGAAGCGCCAUCACACGAGACUGUUCUGUGCGGACAGAAAAGACCAAAUUGGAAAAAGUGGCAAUAUUCCUGCUGGUACGACCGUUGAUGUUGGCAUCACACAUCCAUCAGAGUUUGAUUUCUAUCUAUGCAGCCACGCUGGUAUUCAGGGCACUAGUCGACCAUCUCACUACCACGUUCUCUGGGACGAUAAUGGAUUCAGUGCCGACCAGCUGCAGAUGCUGACCUAUCAACUCUGUCACACGUAUGUGAGGUGUACGCGCAGUGUCUCCAUCCCGGCGCCCGCAUACUAUGCACAUCUGGUGGCCUUCCGUGCACGCUACCAUCUCGUGGAGAAGGAACACGACAGCGGUGAAGGAAGUCAUUCCUCGUCAUCAAACGAUGAUCGAUCGUCAGUUGCGAUGCUUCGAGCCAUCACAGUUCACCCGGACACUUUGAAAGUCAUGUAUUUCGCGUAAAGUCAGCAGCGAGAGUCGUUGGGCGUUUGGCAUCGCAAUAAGUCUCGCUGUGAGUUUUGCAUCGCAAUAUUAAGUCUUGUUGUUAAGAGAAAGAGACGAUAUCUAGCGGUCUGUUAAAAAGAAUGGGCCAUUUAUUUUGUGAACUCUUUCAGUUGACAGUUUUGUGUAGAAGAGAAUGUCUAGGUGUCUGGUGCGUGAAGUCUGACCUUUUAUAAACUAUCUAUGUGAAUCACCCACAAGACCAACAUAUGUAUACCACAACAGAUCUGUUUAACCCUUUAGACCUAAACCCGCCCGUCUUGCAUACAUACUUUAUAAAAGGCUUAGAAGAUGUGCCAUUUUGGCAAGAACAUGGGUCGGUCCAUUUUCCAUUUUUUAUUGUUGUUUGCUCAUCGUUGAAAUCUGCCAUUGUCAGUCAAGGACUGAGGUCUUCGCCUGAUUUGUCGUCGAAUUGAGAAAAUUUUGACCAAAAUUGAAAAAUAAUAAAGACUCCGGUUGUAUGGUGCUCAUUUAUGCCUGUUACAGGUUCAAAAUUGUUUGAAAAAAGUUCUUCAAAAAAAUGUGGAAAAUUUCAAAUAUCCUUUCUUCAUCAUCAUCCUCAACAUGUUGAUCCUGUUUGAUCUUUGCUUUCUCAGAAACUAAACAAGAAUGCCUCAGUCCUUUUCUUGUUCACCUUGUCACAUUGUGAAGGUUCAUUGUUUAUCAUCUCGUGUCAGUCAUUUUUAAUUUUGUCAUGGUGAUAGUCGUUGCCAAGGAAAUCAUUCGGUGGCUAUGGGCACCCUUACUGUGCACCAUUGUGCUUGUUAUGUGCACCAGCCCCAUUCAAAAGGGUUUAUUCAAAUUCAAGCAAUACAUUCACAAAUAUUCAGUCUCAUUGAUUGUUUAUGUUGUGGAAAAUGGUAACCAUGGUAACAUUUUGCAUCAUGCUAAACAGAACCAAAGAACCUGUUUCCGAAAUUUUUGCAAUGGAAGGAAAAAGUCGAGUCAGAAAUUCACAGUAUUCAUUUGAUGGAUUGAUUUAUUUUAUGAAAUUUUUUAUUUUUUUUCUAUCGAAAAAAAUAUUUUUUUGCAAUUUUUAUUUUUGCGAAUCUUGAUUAUUUGCGGUGUCCGCCUUUUGAGCGAGAAUACAGUUUACUAAUUUUGGCCAAUCAGCGAUGAGGUUUUGACCUUGCUGUUGUUAAUUUCUUUGCUCUUGUAUACCAUGUCUUCCAUUGGAGUAGCUUGUGGCAGGAAAUCCAAACAUGGAAAUAUCAAGACACCGAAGAAAUAUUUUAUCAUCAUAUCUGAAAGUUUUGUAGAACUUUUGUUACCAUGGCAACUAUGUCUUUAAUAACAUGAAUAAUGAAAAAUGAUUAAAAGCUAGAAGUUGUUUUAAGUGUUGAUUUUGGUUAUAUAUUGGAAGUGCUGUCUUCUCUGCUGGCUGUCGUUAGUUCUCAUCCAGCUGCACCUCAGUAUCUUUGUCAUGUCGGCGUAUUUUUGAAGGAAACCUUGUUUACGGUGUCGUUCUCAAGUUACUCAUUAUUGUUUUGUUUUCAUAUCGCAAUUGAACACUCAGGCACUGGGCUCAGAAAUACUGGAAAACAUUGGUGGGAAAUUUUUGUUCAAACGCUACAAAAACUGGGGUGUGUUUGUGGAAAUGGAAGAUCACAAAUGUGGGAUUCAAAAUAAUGUGGGGUGUUUGCAUUGAUGCACUGUGCAAGAUCUCUUGGUAAAAGUUUAAAUCGGAUCUCAGCAACUUCAAGAUGAGAACCAGGUUGAUAUUGUAAUAUGAGGUUUUGACAAGGUUUUCUACAUAUCGAACAGUUUGCCAAAAAAACUUCUGGAAACCCGAAACCAUCACCAUUUGGUACUGAUGCAGAACAGCCCUAAAAGUGAGCACCUACUUAAUGGGGAUUUUAAGUAUUUUCCAAAUUCCAUCCAAUUAAAGUUUUCUCGAUUUGGUGACGGAAGUUUUUUCUCGUCCUUGAAAUAUUUUUAAGGGCUGGUAAACAGGUGAAGAACAGACUGGUUAAAGCCAGUUACUCAAAAUGCUAACAUUUCUGUAGAAGUUGUUGACGAAUUGGUAAAACAUCCUAUUAUGAUAGUUCAGACAUUUAUACUGAAACUUAUAUAAUUUCCGAGCAUUUGUUCAUGAAAUGAUUAAUCAAAUGUGUUUUAGAAUAUAACCAGUGUUCUCAGUACUGAGGGGUCCCUGCCUUUGAACCUACUGAAGGGAGGCUUAAGUGUCCACUGAGCUUACCGAGAGUGAAAAGGCAUUGAUAUUUGGUGAGGAAUUUUGGUAAAGAAGGCCUUAACUGUUUUAUACCUUCUCAAGCAGAAAAUAAGAAUAACAUUUUGUCAAAAAGUAUCCUGUAAACACUGCCUUGUAAGAACAGUUUAAAACUCACCCGUCCUGAUAUUCUGCAGCGCCACAUUUGCCAGUCUCAGGACGCCCCCUGGGAGGUGCCGAGAACACUGAGACUUAGAUGAUAUUUAAGCACUAUUUUAAUAUUUUGUGUGUUAUUGUAUGUUUAUAUCGACCAACCCUACCAAAGCUUGGUGCAGGGUCUUUAGGCUGUGACUUGUAGGUCGGUCAGUAGAUACAGGGUGGCUCGAAAAUAACCCCCAUUUUGCAAUUAUGCGUCUAUUAUCGCUUAUCGCACAUCAGCAAUAAAUGUUUUCAUUCAGUGUUGAUCAGGUGUAAAAUACGGCAUUAAUGCGUCAGUUUAUGUUCAAGUCCGGUCAGAAAUCGUUUUGUUGCCAGCUCAAAAUAGCAUCUUGACUUGAAGGGUUAACAUUUUUAGAUUUCCUGCUCAUCAUAAUUAUGUGAAUGUUGACUUUUGAAAUUUCAAGAUGUGAAUUAGCAACAACUUUUUCCCAUGUUUGCUGCCAAAUACUUUCGUCAUAAUGAUGAUUGUUGAUUUUUUGGGCCACCCUGUGUAUUUUAUCUCACUGAUUGUAUUGUAAAUUAACAUGGAUUAUUAUUGUAAUUUUGCAUUUGUUAGUUAGUUUGAAGUGGCAUUAUAUAUUCAUGCAGAUCUCUGAUUCACUUGAUUAAGUUUGCAACACAAAAAGCUUAAGUUUGAUUUUGCGGAGCCACACAAAAACCGUUUCAGCAUAUCAUUGCAAGACAAGAUACACUGUACAGUGUUUAUCCGUUCGUCAUUUUGUGAAAAAUAACUCCUAGUUUGCAAUUUGACUAUAAAAAUGCAUCAGCGAGGUUUUGACAAUUUUGAUUGUGAACAUUUUACCGUGUGCCCAAAUGUUCUGAAAUGUAUGGGAUUGAUCAUUCAUUACAUGCAUGGGCAAUGGUGGUGUCAACUCUGAAAUGGUGGAUAUAGUGCAUAUCACGUCAAGCAAUGAAGCACUUUUUAUGCUGUUCUGGUGCAGGAUUUGGCUUUGAAGAAAGUUAUUUGUGUCUGGCAGCAAGUUUUUCAUUUCUGAGUCAAGUUUGUGUUUUCUCCAUAGGAAAAGGUGGUGAGUAGUUUAUGUUAUAGCAUUUGUGCCGAGAAUAGUUAGCUAUGAAGUUACGUCCAUUUCACAUAAUUAUGAGACUUUAAUUAAGACGGGAAGUAAGUUAUAAUUUGUAUGCUAGAAAAUGUCUGAUCUUCCCCUGAUGAUCAAUAAGUGCACAGAAAUAGAAUGAUCAAAUUUUAUGACAAAUUUGAACAAAUUUACGCCAAGCCAGAUAAGAUUGGAUAUAAUGUAAAUAGAAGUAUCAGGAUUGCUCUUGUUACUCUGGUUGCCAAUAUCGAUUUGUAUGUUUUUACGCACAGCUGAACCAUUUUAAAAGGUUUCAAAAACACAAAAAAAUUGCUUUUACACAGAUAUUUCCUUUUGUUGAAUGGCUGUAGACCAGGCCUGUUGGAAGUGCUUCCUACCAUUUCCUGGCUUCUAAUUCGGUUUGUUUGCUCGUCUCGGGGGAGGGUCCACGAUGGCUACUUCUACUUUCUCAUGCUGGUGCAGUAACCAAUGAUUUGGUUGGAAACUCAGUCGACCAUGAUGCCGAUUCAGAAGUCUUAAAGGAGUUGAGAAAGUCAGGAUAUAUCGAACCCGUAAGCUCUGAUGAUGAAACCACUUCCUUCUCCAGCCUUAAUGGGUUGUAUAUUUAAGCUGUUAACACCUGCAUCAACUAACACCUGUUUUCAAAUACCAAGAAACAAAUCAUUUGAACAAAACUUUGGUUGUAUUCGUAAGAACAAUUUUGAAAGAAAUUUGUAAAAAAGUAAAAAUUUGUUAUAUGCGUAUGCAGCUGCUAACACCUGCAUCAACGAACACCUGUUUUUCAAAGUUUUUCCCAUUUGAGGCUUGUGUGCAUUACUGGCUUAUCCAGAAUAUUUUUGAUUCGUUUCUGAAGAGUUCAUAGUUUAUUUAAUGAAUUUUCCAUAGAAGUUGACCCCUUAAACUGUCAUUUUUGAUUCAUUUUUGUAAAUUAUGUAUUCAAUUUAAAUGGGUUGAUUGGGUUUGUAAGUAUUUGCUUGUGUGUUUGGUAAUUUAUCUAAAAUUAGUAUGGUUAGGUUCCAAAUGAAUAGGAAAGUUUAGAGAUCUAGGCUGUCUCUGCCAGCCUUUACCCCUGGUUGUCACAGAUAUCACUGAAUUCAGUGCAGUUGUGUCUCAACGUUGCAAGACUUGUCCCCUAUCCAUUACCUACCUUGUUGGCCCUAAGGCUGCUAUGAAAUUUGAACCUCACCUGCACGGAGGACAGAAUGCACUAAGUAUUCAUAAGUUCAUUAUUUAUUUUGAUGUUUUAUUGUGUUUCUAUAACGUUUUUGCUGAUCAUAUUUGGGAACAUAUAACUACUUACGUGGCGAAAGGAAUGAGUUCGGUAAUCCACUUCAUGUCAGCCAAUCAUUGGCAUGAAGACCGCAAAUAAUAAAUUGUUUGGCUCCCGGUGACAUUUCAGAUCUAGUUCACUGUACAUCUGCAUAAACAUCAUAUUUUUUUUCAUCAAAGUAAGUACCAUGAUCAUGUCCAAAACUGCGAUUAUCACAGAGUGAAAAAACACCACCCUCAUUUUACUCAGAGCCAAAUAAUUUGUCAAAGUGAAGUAUACAUGGUAUUUUAUAGAUCUGUAACACAGUGCAGCUAGUUGAGUAUCACAGCUCUGUUAACCUUGACCUUCAAUAAACCGCACCAAAAGGCCAACUGAAGUGAUCGAAUGUUCCGUAUGCCUUCAAGUGUUAGGGUCUUAUUUCAUUAGAUCAUAGUUCCUUAGAAUACAGUGUAUUUUAAGUGCUCUCUUUCGUCCAUGCUUUGAUUGUAUUUGGUUGUUCAUGUGCGUCAUUUUACCUUGAAAGCUAUGUUUAACAACCACAGAAUAUAUUGUAAAUCAACUAAGAUGAUUAAAUGUAUGUAGUAUGAUUAAA